GACCGAAGAGUUGUCAGUGGCCAUUGGCUCGAGCGAAAGAGCGAGAUACGACGAAUACGAGGGCAACACUAGUCACUAAGUACUCAGUAUUCAGUACAAACCAGGACGCUCCGCUGGAGUUGUCUGCUAGCUGAAAGUAAAUAGCAGUCGAGGAAGUAGAAUUUGACUUCCUUGUGUUUGUAUACCAUGGCUACCCUGGUGUAUAUUUCUCUCGGAUCCCUCUUACUUCUCGGGAAUGUUUGCUUUGGGAGUAAUUACUAUGUCGGUGUUGGUAUUGCGGAUGUGACUGGACCCGCUGCUGACAUAAACAUGAUGGGUUAUGCCAACCCAGGCCAGACCAGUCACGGCCUCCAUAUGAGACAAAUGAGCCGUGCCUUCAUCUUUGCUGUGUCUCCAGCGAGCCCUCGUGUCAUCUUUGUCAAUCUGGAUGCAGCCUGGGCUGGUGGAGCUGUCAAGAGACAGGUUGUGCAGAAGCUCAAAAAAAGAUUUGGCAACCUUUACACCGACAAAAAUGUGUGCAUCAGUGGGACACACACCCACUCUGGCAUGGGAGGUUAUAGUCAGUACCUGCUAUUUGAUAUCACAGCAUUGGGUUUCAACCACCAGACGUUUGAGGCCCUGGUUGAUGGGAUAGUUGUGAGCAUAGUGAAGGCUCAUGAUUCAAUGCAGCCAGCUGAUCUUUAUGUGAACAAAGGGGAGCUUCUUGAGUCCAACAUCAACAGGAGCCCCACAGCAUACUUGAACAAUCCGGAGGCUGAACGAGCCAAGUACACUCACAAUGUGGACAAAGAUAUGGUUGUUCUGAAGAUUGUCAGUUCCAGUGGAGUGGACAUUGGCAUGAUCAGCUGGUUUGCUGUCCACUGCACCAGUAUGAACAACACCAACCAAAUGAUCAGUUCUGACAAUAAAGGCUACGCGGCACAACAGUUUGAGAACAUGUUCAACCCUGGCUCAGCCCCUGGAAAAGGUCCUUUUGUUGCUGCUUUUGCCCAGAGCAAUGAAGGAGAUGUCUCCCCCAACACACGAGGCCCUCAUUGUUUAGAUACGGGCAAGGAAUGUGAUGUACCCACCAGUACAUGUAACGACAGGAAUGAACUCUGUGUCGCAUUCGGACCUGGUAAGGACAUGUUUGAGAGCACACAGAUUAUUGGCAACAACCAGUUCAAGAAGGCUGUGGAAUUGUACAAUUCAGCUUCAUUUAAACUGAGCGGACCCGUGGAUUUCAGACACAGCUUUGCUGACAUGACAAUUCAGAAUGUCAGUUUAUCAAACGGGUCAAAGGUACAAACAUGCAAGCCCUCUAUGGGCUACAGUUUUGCCGCUGGAACCACUGAUGGGCCAGGAGCCUUUGACUUUAAACAAGGUACAACAACAAGCAACCCGUUCUGGAAUUUUGUGAGAGAUUUGAUUGAAGAUCCUAGUCCAGAAUUGGUGAAAUGCCAAGAACCGAAGCCAAUUCUACUUCCUACCGGUGAAAUCACAAAACCGUACUUAUGGCAGCCACAGAUCGUGGACACACAGCUGCUGCGUCUGGGUCAGUUUGUCAUCAUCGCAGUUCCUGGAGAGUUCAGCACUAUGUCAGGCAGGAGAAUGCGGGAUGCUGUUUCAUCAAUCCUUAUUCAGGGUGGAUUCCCGGCAAACACAUCCACCGUGAUUGGGGGUCUGUGCAAUGAGUAUGCUGAUUACAUCACCACGUAUGAGGAGUACCAGAUUCAAAGAUAUGAAGGUGCCUCAACUACUUAUGGCCCUUACACAUUAGCAGCUUACAUUCAGCUGUACCGACAACUUGCAUCUGCCAUGGCAAAGGGUACUCCAAGUCCAGAUGGACCAACCCCUCCUAAUCUCCUGGAUGUGCAGCUGAACUUUGUGCCUGGAGUUAUCUUUGAUUUGGCUCCUUCUGGAGAAGAGUUUGGGUCUGUUCUCCAAGAUGCAAACCCAUCAUAUCGUGCGGGUUCUCAAGUGACUGUGAGGUUCCAGAGUGCAAACCCAAGAAAUAAUCUGAGAACAAAUGGCACUUUCUUGAGUGUUGAGAGGAAAGACGAAAGUGGGCGUUGGAUCAUUGCUUUCUCCGACUCAUACUGGGAAACCAGAUUCCACUGGAUUCGCACAGAAACUUUCCUAGGAUACAGUGAAGCUCUCAUCAUUUGGGACAUUCCUAUAGGACAGAAAAGUGGUACAUACCGUAUCCAACACUUUGGUACCUCUAAGACUGUCACUGGCACACUCACAAACUUUGUGGGAACAACCAGUGAAUUUCAAGUUGUUGCUCCAAGAUAAUGUCUUUCACAAUAUUUUUGUUAUUAAAAAAAAGGAGGUGGAAUCAA